AUGAUCAUUCGGGUCUACUACGCGUCCGAGACGGGCACCGCCGCCGAUGUAGCCGAAAUGUUGUGGCGCGACUGCAGAGCUCGCGCGUUGCCCGCCACGCUCGCCCCCGUCGAUAGCCUGGCCCUGACGGACCUACACGCACUCGAAUUUGCCGUGUUCGUGGUGGCGACGUCGGGCCAGGGCGAGUUCCCGAUCCACUCGCGCGAAUUCUGGACGCGGCUCCGCCUGAAAGCGAUCCCGUCCGACUAUUUGGCACAGUUAAAAUACGCGGUGAUUUCCCUCGGCGACUCCUCCUACCAGAAGUACAAUCGGGCCGGCCGACUUUUGCGAGCUCGGCUGAAAAGCCUCGGAGCCGGCGAGGUCGUGCCCAACGCCCUCUGCAACGACCAGCACGAGCUGGGCAUUGAUGGGGCGCUCGUGCCGUGGAGGGAACAAUUCUUCGAAUACGUCAGGGCGUCAGCGUUGUUUCCGGGCGUCCUCGCCGAAGAUGACGCACGACUGCUCUUGCCGCCCGCCUCCAAGUUCGAGCUGGUCGAUGUUGACGAGACGGAAGAAGCCGAGGAGGUGCCCCCCGCCAAGCCCGAGCCAUCCGACUUCUCGGCGGUGACGGUGCUGGCAAAUGAGCGCGUGACGUCGGACGAGCAUUUCCAGGAUACGCGCCUCAUCACCCUCGACAACACCUCCGGAUCGUUGAGCUACCGCCCGGGCGACGUGCUGAUGGUGCACCCGAAUAACCCGGAAGAGACGGUCGACAUUGUGAUCGCCGCCCUCAACUACACCGACGAGCAACUGGAUCGCCGAAUCCGUCUCCGCCCCACCGAUGCCAACAUCAAAUUGCCGCCCAGAUGGAUGAUUGGCGAAUCGACGACUCUCCGCGAAUGCCUCCGACGUGUCCUCGACCUGCAGCACAUCCCGAAGAAGUCAUUCUUCGAGAUACUGUCGAAAGUGUCGACGGACGAGAUGGAACGGGAUCGUCUACGCGAAUUCACGCUGCCCGAGAAUCUGGACGAGCUACUCGACUACACGACACGCGCGAGACGGACGGCCGCCGAGGUGCUGCGCGACUUCUUCCGGACGGCCGCCGGGCUGCCCCCGCAGCGUCUCUUCGACAUCUUCCCCACCAUACGCGCCAGGGCGUUCAGCAUCGCCAGCUGCCCCAUCACCCACUCCGCGCAAGUUCAACUACUCGUCGGAAAGGUCGAGUACAAAUCGCGGAUGGCCGACCGUCGACGCGGCCUGUGCAGCACGUUUUUGUGCCGAGCCGACCCCGGGCAGCAGAUGUUCGUCCGCGUGCGCACGGGCACCUUCACGAUGCCCGCCGAAUCGAAGCCGGUGAUCUGCGUCGGGCCCGGGACCGGCGUCGCGCCGUUCAGGAGUCUACUCCACUAUCGAAAUGCACUCUCCCCCACUUCCCCAGCCCCUUCAAUGCUCUUCUUCGGCUGUCGUGGUCGAUUGACGGACUACUACUUUCAGCUGGAAUGGCCUCUUCUCAAGUACAACACGACACUCGUCGCCUUCAGUCGCGAUCAGCCCGAAAAGGUAUACGUGCAGGAUGUGAUUGCGAAUGAAGGGGAACAUGUCUGGCGGUUGAUACAACAAGGAGGGUCAAUUCUGAUCGCUGGGAGCGCGGGGGCGAUGCCGAAGGCCGUCGCCGAGGCGAUCGAACGGAUCGGCCGCACGAAUGGCGGAGAAGAAGAGGGAUUUGUCGAUCGAUUGGAGAAGCUGGGACGGAUACAGUACGAGACGUGGGAC